GGCGACGAAAGUAUCUAAAUAUACUAGUGUUGGUGCUAAAGAUUAUAGAAUGGUGCGUCACUUUUAAUAUAACGUAGUUUUUUAAGUAAUUUGUGAUAAUAAAGGCUACUGGAAGGCGCGCUCCCGCCAAUAUAUCGCCAUUUUUGUUUAUGUAGCAAACCACACGGUGGGUUUGCCCGUUCGAUUAGUAGUUGAACAUAAAUCGGACCGAUUUGCUACCGUAUUGUCAUGCACAGGGGCACAGAGUCAUUGAUCAGUAAUAUUGAAAAAUUUCCGUGUCUGUGGAAUAUAAGACAUGAGAAUUAUAACAAUCGAACUAUAAAAGACGAUGCAUGGGAAUAUAUUAAUAGUCAAUUACAUUCAGACUGGUAUGAACUUAGUGAAAACAAAAAGAAGGUUAAAGCUGCCGAUACCAAAAAGAAAUGGACGAACAUAAGAGAUUGUUACAGACGGGAUUGGACAAGAAUGAAAAACUUAACCCCAGAAGCAGCUUUGAAACACAAACGAUAUAUUUAUUCCGACCUAUUAUCUUUUAUGGAUCCAGUCUUUAACAUACCAAGAUAUUUUGAUGGCAACUCCACUACAAAUGAAGAUACCCAGUCAUCUAGCGUAGAAGAAGAGGAAGAAGAAGAGACAGAAGACCAGGAUUUUGAGGAUCAGCUAUGUGAGAUAAUGAUUAAGCCUGAAAUUGAAGAGGAGAAGGCGAGCAAUGACGUACCUAGUCAAGUACGGAAUCUGUUAUAUCAGACUCAGACACAAACAAAACCGAACAAAAGGCGGCAAAUGAAAGAUCACGAUGAUGGCGAUGAUAACGAUGAUACAAAGUAUUUGCUAAGUUUUCGUUCGUACAUGAAGAAAAUGAACACCGGAGAAAAGAUAGACUUCAAAAUAGGAAUGUUAGAAUUGGUGAAAAACAUAAUGGGGUCAUCGACUUCAAAUUAUUAGAAUUUCUAGUCUCUAAAUAUUUUUAUUGUACGGCAAACUGACCUGAUGAUAAGUGACAAACAUCAGUUUGUUAAUUGAACAACACCACGUCAUCAUGUGACACCCGUAAUACUCAUGCCUUGCUAUUCCAGAAGACUAAACGCUGCAGCUACCUCGAAUUCUAUAUCUUUUCUCACUGUCAAUCAACAGCAAUCCUCAUUAAAAAUAGUUCUAUAUCUCCGAAGGUAAAGAUCUAUCCAAACGAAUGUUUGACACCAGUGAUAAUUUAUUCCUAGCAGUGUAAUUAAUAAUUCUAACCAAAACAUUGGUUGUAAAGCAAACUGCUUGACGGUAAAAAUAGGCGAGACAGAAUAAUUGAAUUUAUGUAAAUAUAAAACAAAAUGAAAAUAACCUAGAUCGAGAUACUGCGAGAGCAAUGUUGAAAUAUAAAUUCGGCGAAAAUUAUACGACUAAGUAAUGAGUCUAUGAAGUUAUGUUCUAUUCCUGAGUUAUACACACAGCAAUAAUAUGAUAUAGUUAAUUUUAAACUUUCUUGUUUAAUAUACAUUAUUUAAAUUAUUAACCGGGUCUUAACUUAGUCGAAACGUCGAGAGAGGUAAAUACCUUUAUUUGCCAUAAAAUUAUUCGUGUUAAGACCCGGUUAAUAAAUUAAAUAACAAUAUGAUAUCUUCUUAAAUGUUUUAUGUGAUAA